AUGGAAACACUACUUGAGGAGCAUGAGAAGCUGUCCCGCAAGGGCAACCUUUCGAAGAGUGUGGAAGAUGUACAGAAGACCAUUGAUCUCCUAGUCAAGGCACGAGACUCAAUAGUAGCAAACCAGAAUAGUGCUUCAGUGACACUAGCCAAGCUCCAGAAUCCCGUCAAGCAAUCAUUCGAGGCUAUCAACAGCGACCUGAAAGAUGUCUACAAAGGACUUGGCAACUAUUCAAAGGCGUUGGAUAAGAAAUUCAGAGACAAGCCCCUGCCAACGACCGAUUAUGACGCUCUGUCCUCACACCCAGCACUGAUCAAUCGCGCCAUUGCCAUGCACCUUCUGAGGGAGGGCCAAUUCUCAGUUGCUUCAACCUUUUUGACCGAUGCUACCAAUAACCCGCCGCGUCCAGAGCUCUCUCCCGGUACACCGAAGCCAUACGCAAGCCUUGAGGUAGAUUUGGGAAUAGAUUCCCUCAAGUCAGAAUCGCUUCGGAAACAGUUCGCCAACAUGUACCAUAUCCUGCAUGAGUUGAAGAACCAGCAGAAUCUUCUACCUGCCAUCGCAUGGGCCAGGGAAAAUAGCGAUGCAUUGGAGACAAGAGGAAGCAACUUGGAGUUCGAACUCUCAAAGCUACAAUUUGUUUGGCUCUUCACUGGAGGCUCUAAUCCGGACGACGCGAGAAGCUUGCUUUUUGGACAACAGCAAGCGCUUGGAUACGCUCGUCGGGAGUUUGCCCAUUUCCAAGGACGCUAUCUCCGAGAGAUUCAACAGCUCAGUGGCGCUAUGGCCUUCUGCCCCAAUCUGGCUCAGUCUCCCUAUCGACGAAUUUUCCACAAUGAGGAUGCCUGGGAUGACCUGGCCAAUUCAUUCACUCGGGAGUUCUGCUCGCUUCUUGGCUUAUCCGCGGACUCUCCUCUGUACAUUGCUGCCACAGCUGGUGCGAUAGCCUUGCCUACUCUUCUCAAGCUCCAGACAAUUAUGAAAGAGAAGCGAACAGAAUGGACGACGCAGCAUGAGCUCCCAGUUGAAAUACCUCUUCCGCCUGCCUACCACUUUCACUCUAUCUUCGUUUGCCCGGUGUCGAAAGAGCAGACGACAGACGAGAAUCCACCGAUGAUGAUGCCUUGCGGACACGUUGUCGCGCAAGAAUCGUUGGCGAGAUUAAGUAAAGGGUCAAGGUUCAAGUGCCCGUACUGUCCAAGUGAAAGCAGGCCAGAAGAUUCGAUGAAGCUUUUUAUGCUGCAGUUGCAUGGCAUUGGGAAAGCAUCUGCUGGUUUUUCAGUGUGGGGAAGAGGGCGUGUUGAAUGGACCGAAGAGAUGGCCCGCAUCCUUACGGUACCCCGCCGUUUUGGCCUUGCUCGACUUUUUGCCCAACCCCAUCAUCAUCAAUUGCGUUUCUGCUCCGCCUGCACCACCACUGGAUCGCCCGAACGCUUGCACAACACCGCUGGAAGCAAGACGUCAUCCUCCACCACUGUGCUCGCGGACCAGAAAGCACCCUUCACCAGCUUGUCCUCUCCUCCUCGUCCCUCUCCCACCAGCCUCCUCCGUCCUCAGAACAAGGCCUCCAUGGCUACCGUGACCGAGACCAUCAGCUUGCCCAACGUCGGUGUCUUCACAGACCCUGAGCACAAGCUCUGGGUGGCCGAGUCCGGACCUACACUCGAGAGCGUCAAGAAGGGACAAGACCUCAAGCAUGGCGAAGUCACAAUUGGGAUCAAGAGCACGGGAAUCUGCGGAUCCGACAUCCACUUCUGGCACGCCGGCCGCAUCGGCCCCAUGAUCGUCACCGACACGCACAUCCUCGGCCACGAAUCCGCCGGCGUCAUCCUGGCCACGCACCCCUCGGUCACGCACCUCAAGCCCGGCGACCGCGUCGCCAUCGAACCGGACAUCAUCUGCAACCAGUGCGAACCCUGCCUCACGGGCCGCUACAACGGCUGCCUCAACAUGCGUUUCCUCUCCACGCCCCCCGUCGACGGCCUCCUGAGGCGCUACGUCAACCACCCGGCCGUUUGGUGCCACAAGAUCGGCGACAUGAGCUUCGAAAACGGCGCCCUGCUCGAACCGCUCAGCGUGGCCCUGGCCGGCGUGGAGCGCGCGGGCGUCAAACUCGGGGACCCGAUCCUGAUCUGCGGCGCCGGCCCCAUCGGCCUCAUCACGCUGCUGUGCGCCGCGGCCGCCGGGGCCGAACCGAUCGUGGUGACGGACAUCGACGAGGGCCGCCUGGCCUUCGCCAAGGAGCUCGUGCCGCGCGUGCGCCCGUUCCUGGUGGAGCGGGGCGUCGGGGAGGAGGAGGCCGCGCGGGCCAUCGUCCGGCUGGCCGGGGGCGUGCAGCCGGCCAUCGCGCUCGAGUGCACGGGCGUCGAGAGCAGCGUCAACGCCGCCGUCCACAGCGUCAAGUUCGGCGGCAAGGUCUUCGUCAUCGGCGUCGGCAAGCCCGAGAUGCGCCUGCCCUUCAUGCGCCUCAGCACCCAGGAGAUCGACCUCCAGUUCCAGUACCGCUACGCCAACACGUGGCCGCGCGCCAUCCGGCUGGUCGAGAGCGGGGUGCUGCAGUUGGGCCGGCUCGUGACGCAUCGGUUCGACAUCGAGGAUGCCGUCAGGGCUUUCGAGACGGCGGCGGAUCCGAAGACGGGGGCUAUCAAGGUGCAGAUCCAGAGUGAGAUGGAUGUGCAGUGGUGA